AUGAACCCCCGCUUCUCCGCCGAUUCCGAAAACAUUGUGUCUGCCAUUGUCGGCCGGCGUGAAGCGCAGUGCGAAGCAAAUCGAAGCUCCGGGAUGUAUCUGGCACCGGAACAGCAAAUACUCGACCGGUGCAUUGGACCCACUGAAGGCCCGGGCCGCUGCCCCCACUUCACACUCAAGAACUCAGGGUCAUCCGGAUUCCUGGUUGAUGCUGUUCCACGUGAACAGCAGUGCUGCCCUCCGGCUCACAAGCUCACAAACUCACAAGCUCAGCGAGGUCACGGAGAACAAGCCCGCCCGAUGAGGAGGGGGGUGACGACCGGUGGCUCCGAUGCAAAUCGAGGCAUGAGUAUGACCUUGAUUGAAAGGUGUUCCGAGUCUUUUUCUUUCGACCCCUCUCAUUUUCGUGUUAAGGAAUGA